CCUGCACAUUUACAACCGAGCAUUUUGGAUCAACGCAACAAUCGAUUUCCGCAAACAAACACGACACGCAAAGAAUAUGAGCAUUCGUUCGCCAAGUGCAGGCCCUGGAACAGCAAAACGACCACCCUGUCCACUUAAUGAUAGUCAGCCCAACACAACAGCUAUUGCCGUCAACCCCAGCUUGGCGUCCAAUGUCCUCGAUUUCUUUCAGUCCUACUUGUUUGGAAUAUCGAUUGAGCUACUCUGAUUCAAUACCGGUUCUUCUUUGUGUAUGGCGUUCAUUCAUGUGGUCACGGUUUUUCUUUUCCUUUUGGGUCUUUUCAUUAUCUUCUCAGGCAGCAUUAUCAACUUCCUGCUCUCUCUACAAACUUGCAAUCCGGAUCGACACAGCAUGGUAUGGAGUUCUCGGAUACACAAAAUGCUUUCAACCCCAACAUGGCAUGACCCUUCCGAUGUAACCGACUUGAUAUCAUUGGUCCCCAGUCAUAACUAUCUCCCGAUUUCAUACCGGACCAACUUCCCUACCCUUCGGACCGAUCCCGUCUUCUCCGGAGUC